UUCAAUUUUCGGCUUUGAUGUGCGUUUUGUUUAAUUAUAGACUGUUAGUAAAUAUAAAGUACUAAAAAAGCUACCACCAGAACUACUAUGUGUAUGUAAAUUUGCUGAAUAUCUUAAAAAGCGCUGUAUGUAGAAGGAAUUAAAGUUAUCUUUGGUAUAAUAAAAAUGUCGAAUGUUAAUUAUACAACUCGAACGGAAGGUCAAACAAAAAUAAAUACCAUUAUUUGGACAAUACCUAUUUUUGAAACCUUAUUAGAAAUUAAAACGUCAAGAGAAUUUCGGACAGAAAAUCCAAAAGAUAAAGCUGCUGAUUUGACAAAUUCGAGAUUUCAAUUGAAAAUGCAAUUUCUCGGGAGAUUCAAUGAUAUAAUCGAGAUAUAUUACUUAUCCCCCAUACCAGUUUUUCUCAAAUCAAUACUUACCAUAUGCUUGAAGAGAUUUGAAGAAAGAUCAAUUGUCAUUAAAGAAUACCAUACCGUACAAGCCAAUAAAUGGCAAUACCUAGCCACACUACAUAAACGCGAUAUUGUUAGCUAUGAUGGUCGUGAUACAUUUCUCCUGAGUGAUGGCAGUCUACGCCUCAAAUUUCAGUUUAUGGUUACAAAUGAUAUAAAAGUUGACCGAGCAAAUGUACCAGAAGCCCAGCUAAGUGAUGACUUUGAAAGCCUUUUGAACAAUGGCAUAUUUUCUGAUGUUGUUAUAAAGUCUGCAGAAGGCAAUGAAUUCAAAGUACACAAAGCUGUAUUGGCUAGUCGUAGUUUGGUCUUAAAAGCUCACUUUGAACAUAAUACAACUGAAUGUAUAACAAACACUCUGGAAUCCCCACUGGAAUCCGAGGUAUUAAGAGAAGUGUUGACAUUUAUUUACAGUGAUAGAGCUCCAAGAGUUGAUGAGAUACCUGAAAAGCUAUUGGCUGCUGCAGAUUAUUAUCAGCUAAGCCGACUUAAGAGUUUAUGUGAAGAGGCUUUACACAAGAAAUUAACAGUGGAGAAUGCUAUUGAAACUUUACAGUUAGCGGACUUGCAUUCAGCAAAAACUUUGAAGCAGCUGACUUUAGAAUUCAUAAAGGAUGGUCAAGCAAAACUUAUUACAAAGACUGAGGGUUGGGCAAGAGUGAAAUCGGUAGAGCUGAUUAAAAGUAUUUAUGAGCAUAUAAUGACAGAUGAUGUAGAUGCUGACAUAAAGUAGUAAGUAAAUAAGAUUAUAGCUGUGGGGUAGCCAUAUAUAUCUAACUGUAGAUAAUAGUAGGAAAUUGGAUGAGUUAAGAGUAUAAAAGUAGUUUUCAAUUAUUAAGGUUUCUAUCUGGUGCCACUAUUCAACUAAAUUAGUGAAAUUAGUGCGUAUAUAAUAAAAUAGGUUAUAUAACUAUUAAAAAACCAUUUGCAUUCCCAUUUAGUUCUCCAGUCUCCUGCUUUAGAUAACUAAAUCUGUAUUUAAAGAAAUGGUCAUGAAUAAUUCUGAAUCUAUAUGUUAUUCAUAAGAUUACAAUAAACUGUACAAAAAUUUACAUCACUUAGUAGUUCAUAAUAGAAUGUAACUAUUGAAUUCAAAUUUCAAGGCAUAAAAUAUAUAUUUUUAAUGCAAGUGAAUUUGUCUAUGAUAUAAGUCCCAAUUUGAAUUUGUUCCUGUUACAUUCCACUUUCAAAUUGUAUAAAUUGCCAUCAGAAACUACUGUUAUAUAAAA